GCCGCAGGCCCGGAAGAUGUUUGAGGGGGAGAGGGCAAGCCUGGAGGCCCUCCACAGCACAGGCCUGGUGCGGGUGCCACAGCCCAGAACGGUGAUCGACCUGCCGGGAGGUGGGGCAGCCUUUGUCAUGGAGUAUGUGAAGAUGAAGAGGUUGGGCAGCCAGGCAUCAAAACUUGGGGACCAGAUAGCAGAUUUACACCUUUUUAACCAGAAGCUCAGGGAGAAGCUGCAGCAGAGGGAGAACACCGUGGGCCACAGAGCUGAGGGUGCUGAGCCCCAAUAUGUGAGCAAAUUCGGCUUCCACACCGUCACCUUCUGUGGCUUCAUCCCUCAGGUGAACGACUGGCAGGAUGACUGGCCCAGCUUUUUCACGCAGCACCGGCUGCAAGCACAACUGGACCUCAUUGAGAAGGACUACGGUGACCGAGAGGCUCGAGAGCUCUGGUCAAGGCUGCAGCUUUCAAAAUGACCCUCGGACAGCGCCAGACACGCGGGCCGCGUGUGUCAGUCGGGUGAGCGUGUCAGGGAGGCCGAGCUCCAGGCGCUGCAGACAACAGAAAGCAACCUGGCCUCGGCCUGCGGGGAGCCGCGGCUGCGGGGCUCGGCCUGCGGGGAGCCGCGGCUGCGGGGCUCGGCC